AAACGCUGUGGGUACACGCCGGUGUCCACGGCCGUUUCGAUCCCGGCUCGCUCGUACAACUACGUCCAAUCAAAUAUUAAAGAUGGCGCCUACAUAUGUUGCUGAGGAUAGACUAACGUCAGGGCACCGGCUGUCCCACCCGCCUCCUGGUGAGGAAGUCUGCAUCACCGGUAUAUCUGGGUACUUCCCGGACUCCGAUUCAAUGAUGCACCUGCAGGAGAAUCUCUUCAAUAAGGUGGAUUUAAUCUCGGAUGAUAAUCGACGCUGGAAUAUGACUCACCCCGAAAUCCCGCAACGUACUGGGAAGAUCAACAAUGUGAACAAGUUCGACGCCUCCUUCUUCGGGGUCCACUACAAGCAAGCCCACACCAUGGAUCCCAUGUGCAGGAUUCUUUUGGAGAAGGCAUAUGAGGCUGUUAUUGAUGCUGGUGUAAAUCCGAAAGAACUGAAAAAUACCAAAACUGGUGUGUUUGUUGGUGCUUGCUUCUCUGAAUCGGAAAAGACAUGGUUCUACGAGAAGAUGCAGGUGAAUGGCUUCGGUAUAACUGGGUGUUCCCGUGCUAUGUUAGCCAACCGUAUCUCCUAUUGGCUUGGAGUGACCGGUCCUUCCUACACUGUAGACUCAGCUUGCUCCAGCUCCUUAUAUGCCCUGGAACACGCCUUCAGAGCCAUCCGUGACGGUCACUGCGAAGCUGCUUUGGUUGGCGGCUCCAACCUAUGUCUCCACCCCUUCGUAUCGCUACAGUUUUCUAGAUUGGGCGUGUUGUCCCCUGACGGUCGAUGCAAGAGUUUCGACAAAAACGCCAAUGGUUAUGCCCGUUCUGAAUCGAUUGCUGUUUGCUUCUUGCAGAAAGCCAAGGAUUCUAGAAGAGUGUACGCUCAAGUGCUACACGCUAAAACGAACUGCGAUGGAUACAAAGAACAAGGCAUCACAUACCCAGCCGGUAACAUCCAGAAGUUACUUCUGAGAGAGUUCUAUGAAGAAUGUUCCAUUUCUCCGUCAAGUUUGGAGUUCGUCGAAGCCCAUGGUACAGGAACUCGUGUCGGUGAUCCAGAAGAGUUGGUAGCAAUCGACGAGAUCUUCUGUACCGGCCGUUCGGAACCACUCAUGAUCGGCUCCGUCAAGUCCAAUUUAGGUCACACUGAACCCGCCUCUGGACUUUGCUCGAUUGCAAAGAUGUGCAUUGCAUAUAACACAGGAUUAAUCCCACCAAAUCUAAAUUAUAAAUCACCUCGGGAGGGUGUCGCCGCAUUGGCUGAAGGUCGUCUUCAGGUUAUCACAGAGAAACAACCAUGGAACAAGGGCAUGUCGGGUAUUAGCAGUUUUGGUUUUGGUGGAGCAAACGCUCAUAUACUCUUACAGAAUAUGGCUCGUGAAAAGAUCAACAACAGUCUCCCAGCCGAUGACUUGCCCCGCUUAGUCUGUGCUUCUGGUCGGACUGAGUCGGCUGUAGCCAAGAUAUUAGACGAGCUCGAGUCGAAGCCGGUGGAUGUGGAGCAAGUUAGACUCUUACAUGCUAUCCACGACGAAGAUAUCGUUGGUCAUGUUGUGAGAGGAUUCACCUUAUUAGGCUCUACACCUUCCAAGACCGAGCCGCUGGUCCGCGACGUGCAGUACUUCUCUGGGAUCCGCCGUCCCAUAUGGUUCGUGUACUCCGGCAUGGGCUCUCAGUGGGCAGGCAUGGCCGCCCAGCUCAUGAGGAUUCCUGUCUUCGCUGCAGCUAUACACAAGUGUCAUAAAGCGUUAGAACCCAAAGGCGUCAACUUAACGAAAAUAAUCACAGAGCCCAACCCAAAAAUCUACGAUAACAUCCUAAACUCGUUCAUUGGCAUCGCGGCAGUUCAGAUCGGCCUCACUGAUGUAUUGAGGACUGUGGGCAUCGAGCCUGAUUAUAUCAUUGGUCACAGUGUAGGCGAGUUGGGGUGCGCGUACGCAGACGGUUGCUUCACUGCCGAGCAGAUGAUCUUGGCUGCCUACAGUCGAGGACUGGCCUCUAUCGAGACUAAGUUCAUCAGGGGAUCCAUGGCUGCUAUAGGGCUUGGUUAUAACCAGAUUAAAUCCAUGUGCCCGCCCGAGAUAGAGGUGGCUUGCCGCAAUGGCCCCGACUCCAGUACCAUAUCGGGCCCAGCUGAUAUCAUGAAGAGCUUCGUCGCCAAGUUGACCAGCGAAGGAAUAUUCGCCAAGGAGGUGCCAUGCUCCAAUAUCGCGUACCAUUCGCGGUAUAUUGCUGAUGCUGGUCCGAGACUACUCAAGUACUUAAGGGAGGUCAUUCCAUCUCCAAAACCUCGUUCCGAACGUUGGGUGUCCACAUCAGUCCCUCAGGCCCAAUGGAAGACUCCUAAAGCCGAAUUAUCAUCUGCAGAAUACCACACCAAUAAUCUUUUGAGCCCAGUCCUCUUUGAAGAAACCUCUCGGCUAAUUCAGCACAACGCUAUCACCAUAGAAGUUGCUCCACAUGGUCUACUCCGAGCCAUACUUCAGCGGUCCCUCAAGAAGGACGUCAUCAAUAUAUCCUUGACUCAGAAGAACCAUGAAGAUAACGUACAAGUUCUGUUCACAGCACUUGGAAAAUUGUACGAGUCAGGAUUGAACCCGCAACUAGCCAACAUCUACCCGCAUGUGCAGUUCCCAGUGUCACAGGGUACGCCCAUGUUGUCCCAUUUGGUGGAGUGGGAGCACAGCGAAGAUUGGUAUGUCACAUCAUACAAAGCCCAAGAGAAGAUGAAGUCAGGCGAGAGAACCGUCAAGAUGUCUAUAUUCGAUGAAGAUUGUGAAUUUAUGGCUGGUCACGUCAUUGACGGCCGUACCCUGUAUCCGGCCACCGGAUACUUGGUCCUGGUAUGGGAGACACUUGGUAUGAUGAUGGGGGAACUAUUCACUGAAGUGUCUGUAGUCUUCGAGAACGUCCGCUUCCAGAGAGCUACAAACAUUCCCAAAGAUGGACAGCUAGAAUUCAUUGUUAUGGUACAAAAGGGAAGCGGUAAUUUUGAAAUUGUCGAAAGUGGAGCAUCAAUUGUUACUGGCCGCGUCUAUGCAAAGAAGAACGUGGGACAGACGUAUCGUGCAUUAGCUGCUCAACCUGAGGCUUCAGGACCUAAUAUCAAGCACAUGUUCACUAAAGAUUUCUAUAAGGAACUCAGACUUAGAGGAUAUCAGUACAGCGGCUUAUUCCGUGGAGUACUGGGUUGCAACGUCGAGGGAACCCGAGGUCGUAUCGCCUGGGUCAAUAACUGGGUCACAUUCAUGGACUGCAUGCUGCAGCUCAAGAUCAUUGGCCAGGACACCCGUGGUCUCUUCGUGCCAACCAGGAUUGAGAGACUGUCUGUCGAUGUCAAUAUUCACUAUAACGCCAUCUCGAAAAUGAAUCCAGAAUCGAAGAAACAUUCAUUUGAAGUCCGAGUCUACCAUGAUGUUGAUGUGAUCAGGUCUGGAGGUGUAGAAAUCCGAGGGCUACAUGCCACGCCAAUUUCCAAGAGGGUGCCACUGGGUGUACCUGUGUUGGAGAAGAACAUAUUUAUACCGAAUUUUGGUAAAAAUAAGAUAAAGCUUGAAGACUGCCUCCGUGCUAAUAUUCAGCUAAUUCUUGAGAACAUACAAACGUAUAAGGUUAAGAGCAUCGAAUUCGCCGACGAGGAAUACAAGAAUGAUAGUUUACAACCGAUAAUAGAAAAAGUUGGCGAAGUGCUCGGGGACCUUCCGUUGGUGCAAGCAGAGCUGCUUCUAAUAUCUGAAGAGGCAAUUGAAAUGCCUUCAACCGUAACAGUGGAGAAUAAGAAACUUACUGGAGAGUCGAAUGCUGUGUUGUUCGUUGGAGCUAAUUUAUUGAAAAGGGAUACGGUACUAAGCCAAGCCGCGGCCACUCUCCGCGAUAAAUGCUUCAUUAUAAGUCGAGAGAAAGACCUUCCUGAUCCUAAAACACAUUCAGACAAAUAUGAUAUCAUCACCAUUAACGAUGUUGGUACAGAAUAUAUUGUUCUACUGAGGAAACGCGUUGGAGCUCGUCCAGCUAAGUUUGUUAAAAUAGAAAGUAUAGAUGAAACAUUCUCCUGGGUAGAAAAGGUUAAAGAAGAAUUAAAAGAAGGCCAGAAAGUCGUGCUAUACACACAAGAUGAACCAAUCAACGGUCUUUUAGGACUUGUGAACUGCCUAAGAAAGGAACCCGGUGGUGAAAUUGUUAGCGGCUUUCUGAUUUCUGAUCCGGCCGCUCCUAAAUUUAAUCCCGAUUUGGAGUUCUAUGAAGAGCAAUUGGACAAAGAUUUGGCUAUUAAUAUCUAUCAAGAUGGUCAAUGGGGUACCUACCGUCACUUGCUUCUUGGGGACUUAGAGACUGUUCGUGCAGAUCACGCCUUCGUGAAUACUCUAACUAUUGGAGAUCUAUCAUCACUGAGGUGGAUUGAGGGACCUAUCAGAAAGGACCAGCCUUUUAAAAAUCCAACUAGUGUACUUGUACAAGUGUACUGUUGUGCACUGAACUUCCGUGACAUCAUGACGGCGAUCGGCCGCGUGACGGUGGACGCAGUAGCUCGCGGUAGACUUGCACAAGAGUGUGUGCAAGGCUUUGAAGUUGUUGGACGUACACCAAAUGGCUCCCGAGUCAUGUGCAUGGUGAAGAACUCCGGCAUGGCCAACAUGAUUGAAUGUGACAAAGCUCUCUCUUGGUACAUCCCUGAAGAAUGGAGUUUUGAGGAAGCGGCCACAAUACCUGUUGCUUAUGGAACUGUUUACUAUUCUAUGAUAAUGGUGGGUCAGAUCCAGCGCGGCGAGUCGAUCCUGAUCCACGCGGGAUCAGGCGGUGUGGGUCAGGCUGCUAUUAACGUGGCGCUGCAUUACGGCUGCGAGGUCUUCACCACUGUUGGUACACCGGAGAAGAGAGCGUUUAUUAAGAAACUAUUCCCUCAACUUAAAGAUAGCCAUAUCGGAAACUCUCGAGAUACAUCGUUCGAAGAUAUGAUCCGCAGAGAAACGAACGGCAAAGGUGUGGACAUGGUUCUCAAUUCACUUUCAGAUGACAAACUUCAGGCUUCAAUCAGGUGCCUCUGUUACCGUGGCCGAUUCCUCGAGAUUGGCAAGUUCGAUAUCAGUAACAAUACGCCCAUUGGAAUGCACUUCUUCCUCAAGGAGACCUCCAUCCACGGCAUUAUGUUGGAUUACAUCUUCGACCAAUCCGUUGAAUUCAGGCUGAGGCUGCAAGAACUUCUACUAUCUGGUAUAGAAAGUGGAGCAGUCCGGCCGUUGACUUACUGUACGUUUGGUAAGGACGAAGUCGAGACUGCUUUCCGUUAUAUGGCAGCUGGCAAGCACAUUGGAAAGGUAAUCAUAAAAAUUCGUGAUGAGGAGCGAACCAACCGACCCGUGAAGCCUGCCAUCCUGCCUAUUGAAGCUAUUCCUAGAUAUAUAUGCCACCAGGAUCAUGUGUACAUCAUUGUGGGAGGACUGGGCGGAUUCGGACUGGAAUUAGCAGAUUGGUGUAUCUUGCGAGGUGCUAGGAAACUCCUUCUAACUUCACGAAAAGGAGUUAGUAAUGGUUACCAGUCUACCAGGUUAAGAGCUUGGGCAUCGUAUGGAGCUGAUGUUCAAAUAUCUACUCAUGAUGUCACAACAGAAUCUGGCUGUGAAGAAAUGUUGAAGAUGGCUAACGCGAUGGGUCCUGUUGAGGCGAUCUUCAACCUCGCCGUAGUCCUCAAGGAUUCCAUAUUCCAGAAUCAAACCGCAGAGACGUUUAAAACGUCAUUUGGACCAAAAGCUCUGGCUACAAUGCAUUUGGAUAAACUAUCGAAGAAACUAUGUCCGAAAUUGAAAAACUUUGUGGUGUUCUCAUCUGUAUCCUGUGGUCGAGGCAAUGCUGGGCAGACCAACUAUGGACUUUCAAAUUCAGUAAUGGAAAGGAUCUGCGAAUGGAGAAAGAAACUCGGGCUACCGGCUCUUGCGGUGCAGUGGGGAGCUGUUGGUGAUGUUGGACUAGUGGCUGACAUGCAAGAUGACGAUGUUCAACUAGAGAUUGGGGGCACUCUACAGCAAAGAAUAUCCUCGUGUUUACUAGCCUUGGACAAGUUCUUGAAACAGGAUGCACCAAUUGUGUCCUCCAUCGUGGUAGCUGAGAAAAAGAUUGGCGGAUCGGGCUGUGGAAAUAUCGUAGAUGCUGUAGCUCAAAUUAUGGGUAUUAAGGAUUUGAAGACAGUGUCACAUCAAGUAUCUCUAGCCGAGUUGGGCAUGGACAGCAUGAUGGCUGUAGAGAUCAAACAGACCCUCGAAAGAGAAUUCGAGAUCUUCCUUACUGCUCAAGAUAUCAGAACAUUGACUUUUGCCAGAUUAGAAGAACUAACAGCGCAGCGCGAAGAGGCUGCGUCUACAUCAGCCGCCAAACCAUUGAACAUAGACGUCAACGCCGGUCUCAAGGUGCUCAUCAGGAACUUUGGAGAUGAGAAACUUGCAAAUGAACCCCUGCUCUACAUGCCAACUAUGAUUAGCGAUGGAGUUGAAGGAGAAGAAGCUAUCCAUGUGAUGGAGAAUGUGAUGUUCAUGCUGCCGGGGUUAGAGGGUUGCGCUGCAGCCCUGGAGCCAUUGUGUCGUAGACUCAAAGUCAAAGUGUGCGUGUUGCAGCUCGGAACUGAGCAUAGGAAUGAGAACUGUGAACAGAUGGUCGACAGACUGUAUCAGUUGGCAAUUUCUCGUUUGGCUCCUGGUUCUCAAUUCUGGCUCCUCGGAUAUAGUUUUGGAGCAUUACUCGCAUUGGAAUUAGCAAAUAGAUUGGAAAGUAAAGGGAUUAAAGGAACGGUAUUCUGUCUGGACGGCGGUCCCGAAUUCCUCCUCUCCAUCGCUUCUAUGACGAUAAAUGCCAAAAACGACUUCCAGUUGCAGAACAGUCUCAUUUGCCAUACUUUAGACAUUGUAGCACCAAACAGCGAAGUCAACGACAUACUUAUAGAGAAACUCAAUGAAAUCGAAGACUAUGACGAAAGAAUUGAUUUCAGUAUCAAAUUGUCUAAAAAAUAUGUGGCAACUAACGAUUACACCGACGAAUUCGUCGCGUCAGCGGCUCGGGCGUGCUUCGAUCGAGUCAAGGUGGUCCUCAAUUAUAAUUCCAAAAAUGCAACGAAGCUCCUGUCUCCAAUAAUACUGUUGAGGCCAAAAGAGAAUCCUCCAUUUAUCGUAUGCGAAGAUAAUUAUGGUUUAGACAAACACACCGAUAAUCCUGUAACUAUUCAUUAUUUAGAAGGUAACCAUAUUACUAUAAUUGAGAACAAAGAUGUGGCCAACAUUAUAAACAGGGUUAUAACUGACAAAGAUGGACAAAAAGUGAAGACAAUGCAAAAUGUUGUUACAAAUAUGGUUGAGAGUCAACGCGAACUACAAAUUUGAAGAUAAGAUAAAGUGUGAAUUAUAUAAAGUAAGGUGUUCAGAAGUUUAAAUUUGUUGAUUUAAUUUAUUGUUGGGUUUUAUCGGUAUUUUACAAGUACAUUUAGAUUUAAGUGUUUGUUAAAUUUCGUAUAAAUGGCUGUAAAACUUAGCGACUGAUUUAUUGUUAUUUUUAAUUUUUUUAUUAACUAAUUUAAUUUUAAUUGUUUUAUACUUUUUUAUUGCUAAUUAGUAAAAAAAUAUAUUUUUAAUUAUUAUAAGAUGUGUUGACACACCAGUACCAAAUAAAUAAUCAAUCUUAGUAAGCAUGUUUAGAUUUUGGGAACGAUAACUUUUUAUUUUCUAUAAUUUCUUUUAUUCAGUUAAGAGGUAUAAUUUAUAGAUUACGAUGUUAGCUGUUAAGUAAUUUAUGUGGAAUGGUUAAAACUGCAUUUUUAGUAAAAAUGAUAUUGAAAUAUACGAUUGCAAUUAUUAUAA